AUCCUUCGACAGGAAGCUCCAGAGCGUCAGAUGAACAUGGCGUUGAGAGGAGGGAGGACUGUCAUCACUCCACGGAGGUAAACAACCGCUGCAUAGCUGCCGCGGCCACAGCUUUUUACCCUGAAAGCCAGUGAAGGAUUACAUGUGACUGCUGACGCCUGCCUGACAACAUUUGUCUGCGUUUCGUCCUUUUAUGACACUUUCUGGGACUCCGCGUAAGCCGUAGAUAGAAAAAGGGGGGCGGUAGAGCAGAGUUGACAGCUAACGUGUACCUGAAUGACUUGACCACAGAAUGUGUGCCAACCGUUUUAGCUAACCAGCAUUAACUUGCGCACUGGGAGCUGCUAUCGAUCCUGCUCGAGCCUCAUGCUGUUUGAGUGAACUCCUCUUGCACUAAGAGCCAUUAGCCAGUCGAUAACGACAGAACAUGGUUCGGUAAACUGUUGCUCUGUAUUUGCAUACAACACACACACACACACACACAGUUUAGCUAGUAGUGUAUUUACAGGGAAUUCACUCACCUCAGCGUCAUAUACAAGGUUUGUUUUUACUCUCAGCUUGUAAAGUGUAAGACGUAUAGCGUUGAGGAAAUGUCCGAUAACCAGAGCUGGAACUCAUCCGGUUCCGAGGAGGAUUUGGAGCCCAAAGAGGAGCACGGACAUCCCGUAGGUGUGGGCGAUUUGAGCGGAGUCCUCAGUAAGUGGACAAACUACAUCCAUGGCUGGCAGGACCGUUGGGUGGUGCUGAAAAACAACACGCUGAGCUAUUACAAGUCUCAGGAUGAAACGGAGUACGGCUGCCGAGGUUCCCUCUGCCUCAGUAAAGCUGUUAUUACUCCUCACGAGUUUGAUGAGUGCCGACUGGACAUCAGCGUGAACGACAGUGUGUGGUACCUAAGAGCACAAGACCCAGAGCACAGACACCAGUGGAUUGACUCCAUUGAGCUGCACAGGGCUGAUUCAGGAUAUGGCUCAGAGUCUAGUCUGCGCAGACAUGGCUCCAUGUUGUCUCUCACAUCAGCCACCAGUGGCUUCUCCGCAACGUCCACAUCCUCCUUCAAGAAAGGGCACAGACUGAGGGAGAAGCUGGCCGAGAUGGAGACCUUCAGAGAUAUUUUGUGCCGGCAGGUGGACACACUUCAGAAGUACUUUGACAGCUGUUCAGAUGCUGUGUCCAAGGAUGAGCUGCAGAGAGACAAAGUCGUGGAAGAUGAUGAAGAUGAUUUCCCCAACACCCGCUCAGAUGGAGAGUUUCUGCACAACAACAAUGGCAGCAAAGAGAAAUUGUUUCAGUCUUUGAUUCCCAAGGGAAUCAUCGGCAUUGACUUUAAGGGUGAAGCCAUCACAUUCAAGGCUACCACAGCGGGUAUCCUAGCCACUCUGUCCCACUGUAUCGACCUCAUGGUGAAGAGAGAAGACUGCUGGCAGAAGAGACUGGAUAAGGAGAUGGAGAAGAGGCGAAGGAUAGAGGAGAGCUACAAAUCAGCCCUCAACGAACUGAAGAAAAAGUCUCACUUUGGAGGUCCAGACUAUGAAGAAGGCCCAAACAGCCUCAUUAACGAGGAUGAGUUCUUCGACGCAGUCGAGGCUGCUCUCGACAGACAAGACAAAAUCGAAGAACGGUGCCAAACUGAGAAGACGAGGAUACAGCGGUCCAGUCCUGUUCCGCUCGUGGACGUCCACUCCAACACCGGCUCACAUAGAUUCUCCAACAAGCCUCGUUAUAGUCAGUCCUCCCCCGCACUCGUAGUCAGGUCCCUUCCCCGUGAUGACCACAGAUUCAGCACAGAGGUGGAGGAGAUGGUGCAGAAUCACAUGACCUACUCCCUGCAGGAUGUUGGUGGAGAUGCCAACUGGCAGCUGGUUGUAGAAGAGGGGGAAAUGAAGGUGUACAGGAGAGAGGUGGAAGAAAAUGGGAUCGUUCUGGACCCACUGAAGGCCACCCACUCAGUGAAGGGGGUGACUGGUCACGAGGUCUGUCACUACUUCUGGGACACGGCCUAUCGCAACGACUGGGAGACCACUAUUGAAAACUUCAACGUCGUGGAGGCGUUGUCAGAAAACGCAGCGAUCAUCUAUCAAACGCACAAGCGGGUGUGGCCUGCGUCUCAGAGGGACGUGCUGUACCUGUCCGCCAUGAGGAAGAUCGUGGCCAACAACGAGAACGACCCCGACACCUGGCUGGUCUGCAACUUCUCUGUGGAUCAUGACGACGCACAGCCAUCCAACAGGUGUGUCCGUGCCAAAAUCAACAUCGCCAUGAUCUGUCAGACCCUGGUCAGUCCACCAGAGGGCGACAAAGAGAUCAGCAGAGACAACCUCCUGUGUAAAAUCACCUAUGUCGCCAACGUAAACCCAGGAGGCUGGGCUCCCGCCUCUGUGCUCAGGGCUGUGGCAAAGAGAGAAUACCCCAAGUUCCUCAAACGCUUCACCUCCUACGUGCAGGAAAAAACCGCCAGCAAACCCAUCUUAUUCUGAAGCUCACAGUGUGGACGCACGUAGACGAGUCUCUGUGACGCUCCGACCACCUCCCCGUCUUCUGCCUCCUGUCACUAAUUUGGUUUGGUUUCCGAAAACGACGCCCUCUGGUGGCUGCAUCUGAACACCAGUGGAACGGACCCCCGCCACGCGAGACAGCCAUUUAAAAAAAAAAUCAUGCAAUCGUAAUUCAUCGCGAUCGUUUCAAAAGCAGUUCCUGUCGCGGUCUCACUAAACGGCCGUUCCCUUCCUUACCCACAAGUCCUCGGAGCGGCUCCUUAAAGCACAGCUGACGCCAUCUUCUAUGGUCACGUAGAGAGGAAGUGACCUGCGAGAGUAGCCAUCACGCCACGUCAAGACUGUUUUCUGGCGGAUAUAUUAAUAAAUAAAUGUACGUAUGUUCUAUAAGAGGUUUGUAAAAAAAAAAAAACAGAUAUACCUUGUGUUGAUUUGUCUUUUUAUUUUCCUGCAUAGUCGAUUCUCAGCCUCCUGGAGAAGUUUUUUUUUUGCGAGCGACUGUUUCGAUUUAAAAUUGUAUGAAGUCCAGAGGGCCGUCAUCGACCCCGCUGACCCCUAUGACCUAAGACUUGACCUUUUCUGACCGCGUCGCUCUCAUGAAAGCGCCUCGCGUCGGCGCCGACGGAGCGGCGAGACGAAGAGUCCCGUUUCUGCGUGUAAAAACACACGUACGUGUACAGUAACGUUUUUUUUUUUGUUUUUUUUUUGGAAUGUUCAAUGAAAUGUAAAUUUUCCAGUGAAGGUUCUGAGCUUUUUUCCCGUCGUGCCCGGAUGCCUUAGUGUUGCAGGAAGAUGUAGCUUCAGGUGAGCGAGAGGAGGGGUUAGUCAGUGCACCUGUGACAUCACUAGUGAAGUGCCUCGUGGCUUUGUUCCCUGUUAUUACUGCUGACGUUUUCAGCCAUGUUUCUCUCUCUCUUGAGUUAACGUAAAGCACAUAUUUUGAUGACAUUUUCUUGGGGGAAAUUUUGGUUAUGACGCCAAGAAAGAAUUGAUUCACACUUUUUUAGAUAUGGACACUGUGGUUAAUUUGGCGGAGGGUCCCAGUGCUUUCUCUCGUUAUUUCUUGCGUCCUAUGAUACAUUUGCUGAGGGCUUACGUGAUUGUUUUUAGUUCCAUCGUUAUGAAAACAUCAGGUUUUUCCCACAGUGUUGCCACCUCAACCUCUCAGUCAGUAUUUCUGCAUGUGCUGUGCAACGAAUGGUUGUUACGGAGUAAGCGUGGGACGAUAUAUGAAAGUAUUCACACCAAAAUACCUGCAGUUUACAAUAUUACAAGCUCUUAAAUGCAUUAAAUUAACAUUUUGGUAAGAAUAUCUUUGUCCGUAACUGCUUUAAAAUAAAAAAUGAUUUUGGCUUUUGUCGCCUUGCUUAAGUGAGGCUGCCGUCUUGUGGAUGGAACCAGUCAGUGUGUGUUUGUGUCACUAAGCAAACAAACAAACAAAAUAAAUCCCUCCCCCUGCAGCAUUUUCUGGUUACAAAAUAGUGAAAUGGUGAUUUUCAUGCUUCUAUAGCGUCCCGUCCUUACUGCUCACACAUGCUGUCACAGGAGAAACUGACGAUGGCCACGUUCCAUUUAGCUUACCCAGGUUCAGGCUGCAGGAAAUGAACAGCCAUCGUCACAGUUAUCAGUAACACCUGUGCUUUCCCUGCUCACGUUUGCUUUGAAAAAGAAGAAGAAUGCAAUAUUAGGUUUAAAUUUACAUUUCAUUUAUUUCCCAGGUUUUUUUUUUGUUUAAACUAAAUCAUUUGUACUCGUGGUCAUGUACUAUUUCAGCUUCGGGGCAUCGGACUGAUUCACCUUUUACAUUUCAGAGCUCGCAGUGUACAAAGGUGUGUGCGUGAGAGACUAAAAAGUGACAUCAGAUCAAAGCUGUCUCGCCUACGCAGACGUUUCUUACACGAGUUCUUAGCCGGCUGAAUGUAAAUGAGACAUUUUGUUUUGUAAAUAAUCUGUUCAUACUAAUGCUGUGGGAUCAACUUACAGGUGUACUGUGACAACGUGGCACUCGUGCCGUGUUUAAAAAGUGAAAUAAAUAAGUUCGUCCUCCA